UCUUACCUUAGUUUGUAAAUCAAAGCCUUCGUCUGCGCACGCGACUGUGCGUCAAUCGAAACGUUUUUAUUACGAUUUUCGCGAAUUUUUCGAUAGUUUCAAAUUGAUUCAAUAGAUGUGUUGAAGAUAUAUAAUUAGUGCCAUAUUUUGUAUUCAGUCAAAAUGGGAAGAUCAAUAAUUUCAUGUAUGCUGCUGGCGGUAUUUAUUUCGUCCGCACAUUCCGCACCACAAUUCAUUACAUUCAAGGAAGGAAAGUUAGGUGUUAAUUUUGGUGGCUAUCAUGCUGGUGUCGGUCUCGGUGGAUUAUUAGGUGGUGGAGCUGCAGGAGGGUUAUACGCUGAGGCUGGUACCCCUCAUGGUCAAUCUGCAAGAGCUGGUCUUGGUGGAGUAGCAAGUGAAAACGGAGGAACAUCAGGUGGCCUGUAUGCAGGAGCAACUGCUGGUGGAAACAUUAAGGCAUCGGCUGGCCUCGCUGGUGGAGUGAACUCUGAAAACGCAGCUGGGGCUGGAUAUGCAUCAGCUCAAGCUGGCAACCAUUAUGCAGCUUCAGGAAUGGCAGGUCAAUCUGCAGUAGGAGGAGCAUCAGAGUUUUCACUUUUGGGCACUCAGGAUGUUGUUCCAUUACAACCGGUUGAAGUAAAACCAGUACACAAGUCAAUUCACACAGAGUUUAACUUUGAUUCUCUCAAUGAAGUACAACCAAAAGCACCUGAAGUGAACACAGGAGUUAAAACUGAAAUAGAAAAAAAAGUUAUACAUGAAAAUGUACAACCAGUCAUCGUGAAAGAAGUUUAUGAUGAACCAAAAACAAAAGUCGUGGAAAAAGAAAUAGUACAUACGCAUUAUAAGCCCCGUCGGCAUCAUUUUCGCAAAACGGCUUUCCUUGGUGGAUAUAUUGGAGGUCAGGGAGAUAUUGUCGGACCAACUGUUUACAAAAAUGUGGAGCCACAGAUACAAAAAAGAAUAGAUGUCGGUGCUGAAUCAUCUGCAAAUGCUGGUGCUGCGGUAGAAGGAGGUUUUAAUGGUGGGGCAGGAGCCACCCACGUAUAUACAAAACAAGUCACUUUCCAAAAGAAUCCUAGCUUCUUUGCAGACAUAUUUAACAUUCCCAUUUCGACAUUAAAGGCGGUUGGUAAUUUUCUAGGAAACACAGCAGCUAAUACUAAUAUUUCAGUCCAAAAAAGCGCCACAGUUCAAGCAGAAUCAGAAACGAAAUCACUUUCAGACGAUCCAUCACUGUCAUCAUCAUCAUCAUCCUCAUCAGCUCAUGUUUCUGUUGAAACACCGAGUGCUUCAAAAUUCUUUGAUGAUAUUUUAGCUAUACCAAUCAACACACUUGGUGCUGUCAACAAAUUUUUAGAGAAUAAUGUUGCGGGCAGGAAAAAUAUUCAGAUAGCUGAUGACGGAACUGUCGAGUCAGUAAGGCCCAGGCUUGGACAUCAUGCAAGAAGACGAGCUAACAAACAAGUAGUUAUUAUUCAAAAAGAAACUCCAGAGGAGUCUGAAGCAGCAAAUUAAGAUACCUUUAACGUAAUGUUAUUGUAAAUUUGUAUGAAUAAUAAUUAUCGCCUGUUUAAGUGCAAUAU